CGGAAUUGUCAAUCCAGAAAGUUGAAUUGUCAUCUUAACACGUAUUUCACAACUCAAUUUAAUUAUAAUAUUUGAAUUUUGGUGACAUGUGUAUAUAAUAUUGUUUAUAUUUUGUGUCCAGAAUAUAAAGUUUUUUUUAAUACUACUGUGAUAAAAUUAGAAAGAUGAGCGAAGGAGAGCGUACUACGAUUGAUAAAUCUGAGAGCAGUUCUUUCGAGGACUUAGCCUCUGCAGCUGCGCAUGAAAUAGAGGAGGCGAAGCUUGCUGAUGCAGCGUCGGCGAAAAUAGACAAGAAAGAAGAGAAACCUCAGGAAGAGUGGCAGGAUGUUCUUGGCUCAGGCGCUUUGCUAAAAAAAAUCAUAGAACAGGGUGAUGAAGCAAAUGGAGAAAGGCCACAAAGAAGUGAUAUAUGUAGGAUUAGCUAUGAACUUAGACUACAGGAUGAUCCAAAAAAUAUUAUUGAGAAACGAGAUAACUUGAAAAUUUAUUUGGGUGACAAUGAAAUCUUACAAGGUUUGGAUUUAGCACUUACAUUAAUGUACCGAGGUGAGGCAUGCUUAUUACGAAUAGCUCCCAGAUUCGCUUAUGGAGAUUCAGGUCUUAAACCUGGCGAGAGUCUUGGUUUGGUUGGUGAAGUGGAUAGCCCUAAAUAUGACGGGGAGGCCAUAGGACCGGAAACAUGGCUAGAGGCCUCAUUAAAACUCCAUGAUUGGACGGAAGAAUCGGAACAUGAAACAUUGCCUAUCGCAGAAAGAAUGGAAAUAGGAAUUCGUCGUCGUUGUCGUGGUAACUGGUGGUAUGGCCGAGGGGAGUCCCAGUUGGCUGUUCAGUUGUACCGACGAGCUUUGGAUGUACUUGAUGAAAGUGAAGGGGGUAUUAGUGACCCCACCGCCUCAGGAGAUUUGGAACCAGCUUCAGAAGCCCUACACGCCCUACUGGAGGAACGACUCAGGGUUCAUAAUAAUAUGGCAGCUGCUCAGUUGAAAGCCGGUGCCUAUGAGGCUGCUUUACAGGCUGUCUCAAGAGUUUUGACCUGUCAGCCUCAAAACGCAAAGGCUUUGUACCGUAAAUCACGAAUCCUAACCGCAAUGGGACGCAAUUCUGAAGCCCUAGAAGCAGCUAGGGCUGCUGCAGCUUUGGCCCCCAGUGAUAUUGGAGUUCGUAAAGAAUUGUCGAAAUGUGAACAGAAAGCUACAAGAGAUAGAUCUGUUGAAAAAAAGCUUGCUAAAAGAAUGCUAGGAACUGCUGGACAGUCUAAACCAGAACCAGAGAAAAAACCCUCCAGAGCUAAGAUGUUCAUAUGGAGUUCUCUGCUGCUGAGCUUCUUGGUUGGUGUUGCCAGUGUGUUAGUGUACCGCUACAAGAUGCAAUCAGAAUGAAACCGUAACACUCUCACAUAUUAUAGAGAAGAAUCAUUUAUAAAGGGUGAGGUGAAUCAGUUUGAAGAAAAAAAAGUAAAAAAUAAAUACCCCAAAAAAAAAAAAACAACCUCCGGAGUCAUGGAAAAUAUAAAGCUAUUUAUACACCUACAUAAUCAACCUUCUGUUGCUGAACUAGAAAAAUUGCAUUUCUUUUCUAUUCCAUAUUUAUCAUGUACUGUCAAAAUCAUGUUACAGUAGACAUUUGUAUUAUUGUAAAAAUGGGUUUUAGGUUAGGUUAACGAGUUAUAGUAUUUUAGUAAACGGAUGGUAUGUAUUUAAUACAUAUAUUUAAUUUUAUUCCUAUUUAAGACCUACAGCCUCGUGUAAGACGUAAAGGAAAUGAAAAGUGUUAUGGUACAUAAAAAAAAAAAUAUUUUUCGAAACUUUUUUUUAGCUAGGCAAACAUACAAAUACUUGCAUUCCAAAUAAAUCAGAUCUAUGUACUUAUGUUUUGCAAAAAAAAAAAAAGAAUGUGUUAAUCUCUUUUUCUGUCGUAUACAGAGAUUUAUCACACUAUAAAAAUUUUCAUACAGAUGUGUCAAUAUAAAAUGGUGUUUGACAAAUUGGUUGUACUAAAAAUAUCUUUACAUCUUAAGGGAUAUCAGAAAGGUGCUUAAACUGACUCUUUCACAGUCAAGCUGUUUGUUUAUCUAUUAAAAAUCUAAAAUAACCAUAAAUGAAAAAAAAA